ACAAAAUUCGAGCGGAGUUGACCUUCCUUAGAGCUAGAGCAACACGCUUGUGUGUUGCUGCCCUCUACGUUCGUUGUCUUGUACGUACGUUCGACUUCGAGGUUGCUGAAUUCGUCUCGUCUUCAAUAUUUUUGUAAAUUUAUUAUCGUUAGGAACUUAGGAUUACAACUGGCCACAUUUCUUCCAUCAUGGGCGAGGUUAAACUAAUUGAGAGCAUGGAGGAUUGUGCCUCUUUCUUGGAAAACAAUAGCUUAGCAGUUAUAGAUUUCUUUGCAGAGUGGUGUGGACCUUGUAAGAUGAUUGCACCAAAGGUUAAGGAUCUUGCGCUUGCAUUCGCAAGUGUGAAAUUUGGCAAAGUUAAUGUAGAUGACGCAGAGGAAGUAGCUCAAAAGUAUGACGUCAGUGCCAUGCCUACAUUUAUAUUGUUCAAGGAUGGACAGAAGUUCGAUACCAUUGUGGGAGCAAACGAGGCAAAACUUAAGGAAGGAGUUGAAAAACUUGUUAAAUAGCUGGAUCCUAGAUGAUAGACCGUGCUGCAAUACACGCUCAAUUGGCCUUUCCUUUCACGUAAAGCCAUGUGUUUUCUAUUUCCCCAAUUUCAUGGAGUCCCUGUCGUCAAAUGGUCUUAGCUACUUAAGCUGACUGAUGAUUGUGGCAGCAAAUAUAUACCUCUCUAUAAAUGUAUUAAUCUAUCUGCUUCAAGUCCAGAAAAUGUAUGAUCUUGUUGUAGUAUCUUCUACGUAAUUUAGAAAAAAAAUUGGAUUGAACAUAAUAAUGGUGGACUUCAAGGUUUUUGACAUUUGUUGCUUGUAAGAGUUAGGGGACUCGAGUUCUGUGAUUUGUCUCAUUAUUUUCUGGAAGCACCAGUGAUAGCUGGCAUCCUUCUCAUGCACUUUGUGAUGAGUCAUCUUAAUUCAUCUAAACUUGGUUCACUUUUAAUAGGGAAUUAAUGAAUACUUGGUUGAAAAAUAUUUGAGUUCACUGCGAGUUGAGUGGAGUUUGACAGAGGUUCGCACUCUUUGUUAGUUGUCAUGAUUUGUAUGUAGAGCUGUAUGUGAGGUCUCCCUCUCACAAUCGCACUAGAAAGUAAUCAGUGACAAAUCACACAGUCACCAUAUUUGUCCCUGUAACUUGGCAUAUGUUUAACUUUAACUGUACUUUCAUCAUUUAUAAUGUGAUUUCCUGUCACUUAUUGUGAGAUAUGUAUUUGAUUUGUUCCAUACAUUUACACUUUCUCAUGCACCCCCUCCCCUUCAUUAAUCCACUCACAAUUUAACAAAACAUCGAUGAAAUAUGAUUUUGAAAAUGAACAAUAUUAAAGUGCCUUUUGAGUCGAUUGAUUGAUUGACUUUAGUUGCAUUGUUGUUCAUGAAUAAGUUUUGUUCUUCAUGUAGGAAAUAAAAUCCCAUGUUCUGGAAUGUAUUUGAGAUUCCUAGUAUGAAUCAAGAUGGGUAAUUAUUUUCUUCACUCGGCAGGUCUUUAAUAGUCUUUAUCAUGUUGUUUAAGGGUAUUUAUUUUUAGAGUGAUGAGGCAUACAGUUUAUGUCCAUGGUUAAUAAAGUGCAUCGCACAAGGGUCUUACUAAUCCCUUUCCAUUGCAUUGAGUGAGCAGCAUUACGCGCAUGAAAAUUAAAUGCAGCUGUACCGUAAUUGAGUAUAUCUUAUUGAAGCUAUCUCAGGUUAUGAUGUAAUAAUGAAAAAGACAGAAACUUAGUGACUACAUGUAUACAUUCUGUUUCUCUCUUGUAUUUGUUUUUUUGUUUGUUUUGACUUGUAUUUCAAUGUGUAAUAUCUUUGGACUCACAAGACCCUCAGUAUUUUCCAUUUUCAUUUUAACGUGUAGAAUGCAGCACUAAUCUACAUGUAUAUACAGGGAUUUGAUGCCAGUAUCACCUAUGAAAAAAGGAUAUGUCUAGAUGUUCCAUCCAAUUCAUUUUCCAAAAUCUUUAUUGCUGAUUGUGUAUCACAAUUUAUUGUUAAAAUACAUGUGUUCAAAACUUUUAAUGAAGAGGUGAAGUACAAUAGCUAGAAAUCUACAUACAUGUACAUGUAAUACCAUUGUCAGAUUUGUAUAUCAUUUUUACUGUUCAAGUAAUCUGAUCUACAGUGUAUAUCUCUAUUUCAAAUACAGGUAAUAUUUAUAUUAUUAUAUGUAUAGCCAAUAUAAAAAGUUCAGAACUGUUUAAUAGCAACUUCACACAUUUGUGCCAUGCACAAAAACAAUGUUAAAUAAUCCUUGAUAAAAGUCCUUGUGAAUUUUGCAUUAAUUUCUUGUAAUUAUGUUUUGUACAUGUAACUUUUUUUAAAUAUCCUAUUCCUAAAAUUGCAAAUCACAAGCCAAAUUUCAUAUUUCUCUUGCUUUCAAAUAGUGUGUUGGUGAUUUUGUUUUGAUUCACGCGAUAUUCUAUUUUUUUAUAUGUCACUUGAUAAUCUAUUCCAAUGAUCCUCUCGAACAUGAAAAAUGGGAUUUGUUGUGAAUGUAGUAAAUGUAGGCAAUUUCUAACAA